AUGGGGAAAGAACAAGAGGAGAUUACUAGCUUCACUGCGUUCUAUAAUAAAAGACCUGUAAUCCAAGCUUCUAUUCAUCCAGAAUUGGAUCGUGGUGAGAAGAUUGAACUUUUGGUGGGUAAGACAGAGACCUUACAAUCACAGACUGAGAAUUUAUCCGUGAUACAUGCUUUUGAUGGUGAAUCAUUUGAGCAGUGGUAUAUAAUUCAGGAACCUAGGAAGAGGCGCCUUUCAGAUGCACAUGAGUUGGUGUCACAAUUCUAUAACAUGAAAGAGAGCACAAGCAACAUCGCCGGUGUGCAGCAAUACUGGGAGCAACAAAGGUAUCUCCGGAAGAAAAUUUGGCUUGAAACCUGGCUAAGACGGGAAAUUCAGGCCCUUACUCGGGAUGAGAACGUUGAGGCCAUAGUCUACCACAUUCAUGGUGUCAUUGGAUCCUUCAUGAAGAGGCUUGAAAUGGAGCACAAAUCAAGGAUGAUUUCACCAGAGAAGAGGAGGGAAGAGUUCAGGAGAUUGGUCUCUGAUGCUGCUAGGUCAUUCCUCCUUGCCCGAACAGAGCGAUUCGUCACCGAGGUUGAGCUCUUCCUGGUUUCAAACCUCAACAUGGAAGCAUACAACAAAUUGUGCAUUCAGAGGUUUAGGGAGUCCAGUUCCCAUCUAACGAGAGAGCAAGAUGCGCUGCCUCAUGAUCGGUCUCUUGAGGAGCACUACUUGUAUUUUGUAUGUAACGACACGGACUGUGAUGAGAUGUAGUGAUAUGCGAUUUUUGCCACAGGUGUCCUUGUUCCCUUGUACUAUGCUGCAAUUUUUGCCACAGGUGUCCUUGUUCCCUUGUACUAUGCAUGCGUGGAAUGGUAAAAGGAUAGAAACAUCCAUUUGCAAUAAUGUGAGUAUUAACCUUUGUAAAUAAUUAUUCUUUUUUCACCUCAUAUAGUUGAUUAACUAUAA